AUGGGAAUAGAGGCCAGUAGCAAUAAGGAAGAACCAAGAACAAAAGCAGCACCAGAGCUAGAACUAGCAGAAGAAAGACUAGAAGACAAUGCAAAAGCUUUGAACCAGGCUGCCGCGUCGGAAUCUAUUGUUCCGAAUAUCCCAAAUGAAAGCAACAACAAUGAAGAAGACCUUAGAUUAGAGGAUGAACCUGACAGGAAGCUUCUAGAACCCUUCACUGGGGAGUGGUUUCACUCUCUCAUGAAGCAAGCCUCGGAGAAGUACCAUGAUUUUGUCAUGAACGUUGGCGAUGUGAACCCUGCUGACCGAAAGAUCUUCAUGUGCGGCUGGGACACCAUCGUUGAAACCCUAACCAACAUCUUUAGCAAGUACGACGAGAUCGAGGAUUGCAAAGUCGUCACUGACAAGGUCUCAGGAAAAUCAAAGGGCUACACCUUCAUCUUGUUCAAGCAUAUGGAUGAUCGCAGGGCUUCUCGAGAUUUUAGUCGUCAUAUUCUUCUUCAGAGGAGAGGGGGUACUCGACAUUGGACUAAUCAUCCUCCUAGGCUUGGUCGCCGUAACCAAGGCUACCAUCAUUGA